AACAAAAAAAAACAACAACUUUGAAUCAACAUGGAUCUUCUUUACUGGAUGAAAACCAACAAUACCUGGCUAACACCUGAUGAUAUUUUCGCCCAUAGUGCCAAAAUUGUUCCGGUUAUUGUUAUAACUAUUGUCUCAAUAGUACUUGGUACAUUUGGAAACAUUUUCACCAUUCUGGCCAUCAUUUUCACAAAGAAGCUGAGAACAACGGAGAACAUAUUUUUGGUAAACCUGGCCUUUGCUGAUUUAUUUGUUUCGAGUUUUGUGAAUAUAUUUAGCAUUGCAGGUGCUAUAGCGGGUGAGGUGUAUUUCAAGGACAAGAGAGCCCUUUGUGAGUUCAUCGGGUUUUUCUGUUUGGUCUGCUGCCUGGUUUCGCUCUUCAACAUCACAGCCGUGGCCUUCAAUCGCUUCAUCUUCAUAUGUCACCAUAGCUUCUACCGCUCAAUAUUUACUCCGAUGAAAAGCUUGAUCAUAGCGAUUGGCCUGUGGGUGUUUGGGAUCAUGCUGGAAACUGUAAAUUUCAUGCCAUGGGGAAACCACGGUUACGACAAGAAGACGCUCACCUGCAUCUGGGAUCGAACCGCUAGCCUUGGCAAUACCAUCUUCAUCACCAUUCUCGGUAUUUCAUUGCCAGUGGUAAUUACAACGGUGAGCUACAUUAUGAUAUUCUACCACUUCUACCAAGCGAAGGAAAGGCUCAAUAAGAACCGGAACGAGUCGGAGAAGAAAAAUACUUUGCAAGAAUCCAAAAAGCUGAUGACGACCCUCUUCUCGCUGUUCGUCGUGUUUGCCGUUUGUUGGAUGCCCUAUGCUUUCAUUGCCCUCUCAGACAUCCACGACACUUUCAAUCCUCUCGUCCACAUCUAUUCGGUAACAAUUGCACACGUGAAUUCCUGUCUCAAUCCGGUGGUCUACGUCACCAACAACGAGCAUUUCCGGAAGGCUUUCAAGAGAAUCCUCUUGUUUCAGUGUCGAGACGAGCAACGGAAGGUGGCCAACUGUUCCAUCCAAGAGACUCAAGUGUACUCCAUCACUAAAAACUGAUGAAAUUACAACUGUAACCGUACCACCACCACCACCACCACCACCACCACCACUACUACUACUACUACUACUACUACUACUACUACUACUACUACUACUACUACUGUGAUCAUCUUUAGUGUUUCCACUGCUUAACCCCCGUCUCUGUCACUGCCACUAUCACCAACAUUGCCACGACUACGAGAUCAUUAUCUCUUCAUAAUCAUUACCCAUUAU